AUGGGUGGCAAGGAGAAAGAAGUGGACUAUUUGCACAUUUUAAAAGAGCAAUUUAAUGCUCUUCAGUCCGAACAUCUGGAGCUCCGUCGAAAAUACGAUUUACAAAACGCCUCAUCGAAUUCCGCGAAUUCAGAAGACACCCUACCGUCACGUCUUCUGACCCUGACGUCGUCUCUACUGGAGAAACCAAAAUUCAGCGAUGUGAAAUUCAAAUUUCCCGCCGCCAAAAUCUCCAAAAACGACGACGUCGAAAUUCCGGCGCACAAAUUCGUCCUGGCCGCCAGAACCGACUUUUGGAAGCUGGAUUCAGAUGACGUCACGAUUCUGGAAAUUCCAGAUGACGUCGAUUCAGAUGCUUUCCACGUGGCGAUUCGAUGGAUUUAUACAGAUGAAAUUGAUUUGACAAUGAGCGAUGAGCAAUUGCUGAAAGUUUGCGAAACGGCCGCCGCGUUUCGACUGGAACCACUCAAAAAUGUAUGCAUCCAACAACUGGGCGCUCGUCUCAACGUGGACAAUUGCAUUCAAAUCUACGAAUUCGCCGAAAAACAGUCGCUCCGCCCACUUUCUACAGUAUGCGGCACGAUGAUCGCCUCGUCGUGGGACCAGCUAGGCCCCGCCCACUUUGCAAGUAUGACCGCCCCACUGUUGUAUCGAUUGAUUGAUGGAAAUACAGCAAAUGUGCUCCAUUCGAUAGUCUCCAUUGGUCGGGAAGACGUGCUAUUCUUGUAUUUUAUGCAGAAUUCUGGAAAAAUGCCUGCAUGUCUAAAUGAGCUGGAUUCAGAUGGUGCUUCUGCGUUGGAGAAAGCACUGUGCUCAGAUCAUCAAAUGCAAGUGCGCUCCACUGAACUUUUGCUAUAA